CUGAUCAGGCGAGUCAGAAGAAGAUGAUGAUCCAGAAAGGACUGCUCGACAAACACGGGAAAGCCAACGGCAGCACGCCCACCGCCUGGAAGGAGGGAUACACGGACUACAGCGCCUCCAAGGAGACUGAGGCGUCAGGUGACACGACCACUAAGAGGAAGAGAGAGGCCGACAGCGACGGGGAAGCAGCGAGCGCUCCAUGCACGCCGUCUGCAGAGGAAGUGAAGAAGAAGAAGAAGAAGAAAGACAAGAAGGCAAAACUGGAGGAGGCGGCAGAGCCAGUGGAGGCGGAGCCAGUGGAGGCGGAGCCAGAGGUUGUGGACAGUGCCAAGAAGAAGAAGAAGAAGAAGAAACAGAAAGACGACGAGACGUCGGAGUGACGGCGAGGAGCGCCCGCUGUCACCUGUCUGAAUGCAAAGCAUUCUGGGAGUUUUAUAAUGGACUGCAUGAAUGCAGAAAGAAAAGAGGACGCUUUUUUGUUUUUUAUACAUUUUAUUGUUUUCAUCUGUAAAUACCUGAACAGGAAGCCUGGUUGUAAUUUCAAAAUAAAAGUUUUUGUUUUCUGUAA